AUGGAGGAACAUGACAAGCUGUCGGCUAAAAAGCUACUAAUGGUAGACAUGCACAUGAAACGUAAUAUUAAUCAAGCAAACAAAACAGUUCCGGCAUCAUCUAUAUCAAUAACUACAGAUACACUCGCUACCAACACAACCAAUACAACAAAUCCAUCAGCCGCAGAACGACUAAAAUUAUUUCGUGUCAAAUGUGGUGUUGUUCAACCAUUAUCAACACUUAAAAAGUCAAAAACUGUAUCCUUAAAACAAGAGAUAGCAAAAUUUGAAACACUCGAUAAAGAUGAACACUCUUUUUCAACAUUUUGGAAGACAUACGAACGGUCUUUACCAUUGUUGAGCAAAAUGGCUCGUCGGUAUGGAUCCAUUACUGCGAGUUCAGUACCUAGUGAAAGCAGUUUUUCUAUAGCUGGUUAUGUAGCACGAAAAAAUCGAUCUUCUCUAAGCGCUAAGAAUCUUAAAUAUUCGAUGUUUCUCAAAGACAAGAUUUAA